ACUUUCAGGGAGCGACGUUGUGGAGUUCUAAAAAUUGAGGAGAAAAGCCUGUGCGUGUUAAUUUCAUCAAAUGCUUGUCAUCCCUUCAGCAAAAACUGGGUAAAAGAAGACUGGCCCCAAGGAGAAUGACUUCAAAGGAAGAGCGCAAAGUAUUGGCAAUACAGAAGAAGAAAAAACGAAAGAACAAAAAAAAGAAUGGAACAAAAAAACCGCCUCAAGUGGUUGGAAAUGGUGCCGAACAAACUGCAUCCAUAAAAUCUGGGGAUGAGAAUAAGACGACUGCAUCUACGAUGGCAGGUUGCAACAACAAUGAUGACGCAAUAAAAUUAAAAAAAUCGAAAACGUUCGAUGGCAGCGUCUCAGUUGAAACUCGUAAAUUUCUCAAUGAAUCCGGAAAUGCAUCAAGUGCCCUAACGAAUUCUGCAAAAACCUUGGGGAAUGGUGUUCUGCAGCAACAGAAUCAUCAUGUUACGCCGUUGGCACCUAUCAAAUCAUUAAAUCCUCAUGGAGCAAAUCACCAAUUUCCUUGUACCCCGUCUCCGGGCACGAAACUGGUGCUUCCAGAUGAUUCUUGUAAUGGCCCAUCAGCUGGUUCACCGAGUGCUGGGAGUGAAAGCGCUUAUGGUGAUGAUGAAAUGGAACGAGAACAGGAGGAAGUACUUGGAAGUGAUGACGAAGAACAGGAGGAUCCCAAAGAUUAUCGGAAGGGCGGUUAUCAUCCUGUUGCAAUUGGUGAUGUGUUCAAUGGACGUUAUCAUGUGAUUCGAAAGAUGGGAUGGGGCCAUUUUUCGACGGUUUGGCUUUGUUGGGAUACGGUGCAGAUGCGUUUUGUUGCGAUGAAAAUUGUAAAAUCGGCUGAACAUUACACGGAAGCGGCGUUAGAUGAAAUCAAAUUGCUGAUGGCAGUACGUAAUGCAGACGCGAAAGAUGUGUUCCGUGAACGGGUUGUGCAACUUCUAGAUGAAUUUUCAGUAACCGGCGUUAAUGGAACGCAUGUUUGCAUGGUUUUCGAAGUCCUUGGAUGUAACUUACUAAAGUUGAUCAUCAGAAGUAAUUAUCAGGGUCUCCCAUUAGAACAGGUGCGCGUUAUCAUUAAACAAGUACUAGAGGGACUACAAUAUCUUCACGACAAGUGUCAAAUUAUACAUACUGAUAUUAAACCAGAAAAUGUCCUCGUUACAAUGACACAUGAACAAGUGAGGCGGAUAGCGGCAGAAGCGAUUUUAUCGGGCAAAAUGGGCUUCAAGUUGUCGGGAAGUGCUGUAAGUACGGCUCCGCAACAUAUGGUGAAGAAAGCUGAAGAAGCGAUGUCAAAAAACAAAAAGAAAAGGUUAAAGAAAAAACGAAAGAAACAGCGGGAACUACUAGAGCAACAGUUAGUGCAGAUGGAAGGAUUAACUGUUGAUCCAAACAUUGUACUCGCUUCACUAAAUUCCGAGGAACGAAACAAAUUACUUGGAAAACAACACAAUAAUGGUUGCAAUGCUAAUAAUAGCAACCGAUAUGCAAUACCCGAAUUGUUGCGUUCUGCAGCUGUGGCUGCUACGAAAGUGCCCAGUGGAAAUAGUGCUAGUAUGAGUGCACGACCUCAUGAUAAUAUUGGCACCAGUGGUAUUAUUCGUCCAUAUGCAAGUCAUUCGGUGGGUGCUAAGCCAGCAACAGCAGCUUUCUACAGUACGACAUACUUGAGCGUUGAUGAACAGUAUAGAUAUAAUCAGCUUAAAUCGGAAGUAGUGGCAACGAAGGCUGAAGACAUACAAAUAAAUGAUUUUAUUGGUAAAGAUAUUUCUGUUUGUUCGGCUGCACAACAAAAUCAACGUAUUUCAGCUGAGGUACCACUCGAAAAUGUUGCACUCAAAGCUGUUGAAGUAGAAAAUACAGCAGAAUAUUCGCUUCUAAGUCCUGCCAGUAAUAAUGAUCUGGUUCUAGAGGGAACACCCCGAUUUUUUCAUCACGUGGAGUCAGACACACGUUCAGAGAAUGAAAUGAAAGAAUUAGCUCUGCAACUUUUAUUAGAAAAAGAUGGUUUAUCGCCGAGACGUAUGGAGUCAGAUUACUUAAAUUCGGCCACUGAGAUCAAUGUCAAGCUUGCUGACUUGGGAAAUGCUUGCUGGACGCACCAUCAUUUCACAGAAGAUAUCCAAACUCGACAGUAUCGAAGUUUGGAAGUGCUCAUAGGCGCUGGUUAUGGUCCACCAGCUGAUAUCUGGAGUACUGCUUGCAUGGCAUUUGAAUUAGCGACAGGCGAUUAUUUGUUUGAACCUCAUAGCGGUGAUACAUACAGUAGGGACGAAGAUCACCUAGCACAUAUAAUCGAACUUCUAGGAACUAUUUCUCCAAGAGUCUACAAAAAAGGAGCUCAUUGGCGUGAAUUCUUUGAUAAGCAUGGGCGUCUGCUUCAUAUUCAUCAGCUAAAGCCGUGGUCUUUGGUGGAAGUGCUAACACAGAAAUAUGACUGGCCGAUUGAAUCAGCCGGACAGUUUGCUUCAUUUCUUAUUCCGAUGUUAGCAUUUGAUCAAGAUGAGCGAGCGACGGCUCGACAAUGCUUACAGCACGACUGGUUAAAACCGAAUGGUGGCAAACCAUUGCGUACAGUGGAGAAGCGACAGGCCCAAGUGUCGUUACAGAAACAGCAGGAACAAGAACUGCCUCCGAUUCUUGAUUCACCUCCCUUGAAUGAAUCAUCGGAAUUAGGUGGUGACAGCGAUAAUAGAGAAAGCGAAGAGUACUUUGUAACGGAUGAAAUGCAUGCAACUUCUCUUGUCAAAGAAUCUCAACAGUCAGAUAGCAGCAGUGGAGGCGAAGUUUAAUUGACUGUGAUAGUACCAGUUCUCAUUGAAUAACUGUCACUGGCAAAGGAAGAUUUUGAGCUUCGAGUGGAGAUCUUUUUGUGCUGUGUUAGUCUCGCCUUCUUACAAUCAUAUUUUUAUUUUCUCAUAUUUUCAUGAAAUGGUAUUUUUAAUGUUUGUCGUUGAAAUUACGUUUCCUUUCAAAGAUUUUUUAAUACUCUUCGUGAAUUUAUUCUUAGGAAAAAAGAAUGAAUUUUGGGAAUUCAUUAAAGUACUUCCUGUUGGUUCCUGAUAAAUUGCAUUCGAAGCGAGUCUAAUUCAUGCAUCUUUUUCAAGCACUUCAACAGAUACG